GAUACAGAACUGGUCCAUAUUUCCCCACACUGAGCUUUUCCUGGUUUGUACAGUAGCGUCAGUCUGGAUCCUGAGUCACUGCUGGACAUGGAGCAUUUUAUCCACCACUGAGGAUCGCUGAGGGCAAACAUGGAGGAGAGCGUUGAUGUCAAGGCUCUGAGGGCGCGGUUCAACAACAAGACCAGCACCUCGGACACCAGCAGCCGAGACAGCGGCUCCCCAAAUUCUCCACGGCCCGGGUUUGGGAGGGUGAUCCUCCCGGUGACAGAGCACAAUCUGUCCCAUCACAGACUGUCUCCCGUCUUUCCUCCUCCUUUGACUGGCCCAGGCCCCGUGAGGCUCCCCAGGCCAGAGCCGAAGGCCUCCUCUGUCCCUUCCACACCUCCUUCCCUCCCUCGGCUGCCUCUCAGUUCUGGGGAAACGGGCAAAGUGAAGCAGAAGGGAGAGAUGCUCCAGACCAUGAUGCUGAGGCACCAGAGGCCUCCAGGCACCAGACCAGCCAAGACUCCAGCUCUGGUUCCACCUGAGUUCCCUGCACCAGCUCCCACCUCUGCCCCCCUACCACUCAGACCACAGCCCAGACAGAGGAGCACAGGGGAGGUGACUCCACUGAGGAGGCCCCUGCCCCCUGAGGGACCACUGCCCUUGAAGCCAAAACGGCCUCCGAGUGUCAACCUGGAGCCUUUUAUGAGAUUCAGCCGAGGACGUGCCCUUCCUGCUCUGAGGAAAACGGAGAACGGUUCUGGUUCCCCAGCUACAGCGCCCAGAAAAAUGUUUUCACCAGGAGUGAUCAGUCCUGUAAAAUUACCACCACGCUCCAACAAACCAGGCAGACUGCCCCGCCAGAUCAUCUCUUCAGACAUUGAUGAAGACCAGGACACCUAUGAUGACAUUGCAAGUUUUGAGAAGGAGUCCCGGAGUGACAGCAGUCCAUCCUGUGUUGACGGGGAUGAUGAUGAAAUAUAUGAGUUUAUUGAUGGGGACGAGGUGGAGGUGAUCCAGGUAAAUCCUUUGAAGAUGAACAAGAAACAAGCUCAGAAGCAACGGGAACAAGAGAAAAAAGAACAGAUGGAGCGUCAGAAAAAAGAGAACGAGCUGAGGAAGAACUUUCAGUUGCAAGGGGAGAUUGAGGUUCUUCAUACAGCCAAAGUCCGACAGGAUUGGCAGGGAGGAGGAAAACUGGACCUCUGCGUACGAGAAGGCGAGAAUGUGGAGAUCCUACGAGUGAGGAAUAAUCCAGGAGGCAAAUGGUUGGCUCGUUCUCUGAAUGGAAACUACGGAUAUAUCAGCAACACAUGUGUGGACAUUGAUUAUGAAGAAGUGAAGCGCAAAGUGCUCCAGUCCAAAAAAACGUAUGACAUAUCAGCGUUACCUCCACCACCUCCUGACCCCCCACAGAUGUUAAAUAUGGACUCCAACAACAGAGACAGCUUGAGUCAAGAUGAUGAUGACUAUGAUGACGUUCAACCAAUAACCGAGGAUUUCCCUCCACCACCACCCGAGAUCAGCAUAGAUCCAAAAGCUGAGAAGGAGCUGAGGAAAAGAUUCAAGUUUGAAGGGCCAAUCAGGGUCCUGCACAUCAUGAUGGUGGAUCCUAACAGCAUCAUAAAGAAGCCAAAAGGGAAGCAUCUCCCUGUGUCUCAGGGAGAAGUCCUGGAUAUCAUCCAGUUCACCAACAGCAAGAAAGCUCUGUGUCGCAACGGGUUUGGAAAAUAUGGUUAUGUGUCCAGAUCUCUUCUUCUUCCAAUGGAAGGAGACAUAUAUGACGAUGUUGACUAUCCAAGUGAUGUCUAUGACAACGACUCUCCAAAUACUGAUUAUUGAAACAUAUUAAAGCACACACACACUGAAGAAAGAAAAUGUAAAUAGAAUUUUAAAAACUAAAGAUUUAAGCUUUAUAAAACCAUGUCUUCAACAGACUGGAUACCAAAAGCUGAAAAUGAGGUGAAGAGAGAGAUCAGUCAGGACAAAAUGUGACAGGUUUUCCUGAUCUCAAGCAAAUUAACCAGGCUGUAAAACAUACUAAUCAAUACACACUGAUGUACAUGGAUAAAAACACACACAUACCCUGCACCAAGACUUGUCAUCAUUGUAUUGUUUGUAAAACUGCAUGUAUAGAAAAUGAAUACACUACUGUGAUGUUGUGUAUUGCUUGACCUCUGAGAUACAACUUAAGAAAUAUAAAAUGUCUUUGUUAAGUUGCUUUUUUAAACCCUUUUUUUAAAAUAAAAUGAA